GGGAUAUCAGAACCUGACAUUUUAGCAUAUUUACUGCAGGUGUAGUUUUUUUUCUCAAUAUUACUUGCCUUCAUGUUUCCUUAUUAGGAAAUAGGAAUCUUUUUAGGUUCUCUGGUGGAGAAAAUCGUCACUACAGCCAAACCCAGCUGGUGCCUUCUGACAAUAGAGGAUCUAAAAAGAGCAGCAAAAGUAUUCCAGAAUAUUCUUCUCAAAUGCCGGCACUGGGGGGCAGUAGAGGGAUGUUGUAUAGGCUUCACCAAGUUCUGUGCCUCUCUGUUGAGCAGCAAUAACCCAGAGCUUCAAGCUAUCCCGACAAACAUGCUGAAACAAGGAUUAGAGGUUGUGCAGUCCCCUCGUUGUACAUCUGUGACCCGGCGGGCUGCUGGGCUGCCUAUGUUGAUUCUGUGUGUUGUGUCAGCAGAGGAGGCCAGUAACGCAAGACCUCUGUUAGCUCACAGCAUCCAAACCUUACUGGAGACAGCCCAAACUCCUCUACCUGACAACUGGGACCAAACACUGGACCUGCCUCAGGUGUGUGCGGUUCACACUCUGCAGGCCCUGGUACGUGGCUCCACUCUGGGAGGAGCAGUCUUUCAGUUUGCCCCAGCUGUAACCAUCUUGUCGCUCACUCUGCUCAGCUCUCCCUGCUGGGCCAUGAGAAAUGCUGCUCUGCAACUUUACAGCUCUCUGUGCUCGCGAAUGCUUGGUCAGAGGCCCAGCAGUGAAGAGUGUGGUCCCACCCAGCAUGGCAUGUCCCCCUCUACCUUCUUCUUCCACUACCCUACCCUCCAGCCCUUCCUCUUGGGCAAGCUGAGAGGGGCAGCGCAAGACCUCCAGGGUCCACCUGAUGAGGCCAAGCUUCACCUCCAACCCUCACUCUACCCCAUCCUCACUCUGUUAGCCCAACUCCAGCCUGGUGUUCAGGACGCAACUGAAAUGUUGUCAGACUUCCUGCCUCCUUUGCUCCAGCUGUCUGCCAGUCCUAUUUACAAUGUGAGAAUUAUGGCAUCUAAGGCUUUGGUUGCCAUGACUCCCCCAUCAGAGUACAUGAACAUACUCAUAAAACUGAUGGCUCAGCUGCCCGGUCCACAGGAGCGCCGCUACCACAACCGGCUCCAUGGACAGCUGCUGCUGAUCAAAGCUGUUCUAGAGAGAGUUCUCUGCACACGCAGUGACCCUUCAGCUGACCUGUCUGAGGUCGUGAGCAGGGUCGAUGCCUCACUGUGGCUGGUGACUGAAGCUCAAUGCUGCCCCUUGGUGAAGGCGGUCUACGUCAGCGUGGCGGACUUGCUAAGAAGAUUCUGCAGUGAGACUUACUUGUCAAAGCUCAGUGACAUGCUCAUGCGUGACCUCCAGACACCUCAACGGGGGCUUCAGGUUGGGCUGUCAUCCUUCCACCGGCGAGCCAUCCACUUUCUAUGUGCAGAUGUGAAGCAGGCAUGUCAACUCUGGAACAACUUUGCUUCCUCAAGCCCUGAUCUCAGGCUCUCAUUAUUUGCGUGGUUGGCAGACGGGCGAGGUUCGCAGCAGACCAGUUUGAAAGAGGCGAUCGAGAGGGUGUUGCAGUCGCACCUGAAGGAGGCGGUGUUGAGCCACAGUGUGGAGUACCGCAGGACCUACCUGAGAGCGCUGGUGGCAGUGAUGGCUGAAGGACAUCGUCCUCGGUCUGUCCCACUGGCCGAGUGUCUGGAUUUGUUGCUUGGGAUCCUGGAGGACCAGGGAACUGGGCCAGAAUUUCUGUCCCAAGCUCUGUAUGCUGCUAGUUUGCUGCUUUCCCAGUGGUCACAUUCCAGUCUAAAGAUGUCCAUGUUGCAACACUGGUGUAGCAUCCUGGAAUGCCACCGUUCCCCAGAGGCCCCUGAAGUACUCAGGCAGGCAUGUGCUGAAGCUCUGUGUGUGGCUGGAGUUCCACUAAUGAGCCACAGCCUGAGAGAACACAGCGCUCUGCCGGCCCUCGUGAUCAGGUUGAUCAGCACUGGCCUUUACUUGCUGCAGGACCAAAGCCAGCAGGUGAGGAUGAAAGCAGCUUGUUUUACCUCCAUGCUGCACCAUAAGAGAAGAGGAGAGAGAAAGAGCAGCGUCCACCUGAUGCAGGUCAACCAGGCUCUGCCGUUCCUACUGGACCUGCUGCUAGAGGAGUACUGGGAUACUCCUGGCACACUGGAGGUGCUGCUGUGUCACCUGCCUCAGCCUGACCUCAGAUCAGUGCUGAGAGAGGCCUCUGAGACUGGAUGUUCCGGUCUGUAUGAGCAGGAUGAGGCCAAUGUGUUUGCAGAACCCCCUGCGAUGUGUGCACAUGUACUGCCUUACCUCCUGCAGAUGGCUGAAAAAUCCUCUGAAUCCUCUGCUUUGGCACAGAGCCUGGGUGUGUGGGCACAGCAGAGUGCCUCACAGGUGCUAAACAACCUGGCAGUCUGCAAAGAAAUCCAGCCAGCUCGGACACUGACCCCAGCAUGGCUGGCUCUCCUCGUGGACCCCCAUUUCCACAGCGCCCUCUGUGGCCUGUUCACCAGGGCUGUCUUUCUCCUCCGACUGUUGAAAACAUCCGAAGUUGUAGGACACGUUUGUGAUCCUUCAUCCCUGCACACGACUUUACAGGAAGUUCUUAGUCAGCUCAGUCAGAACGGCGUCCACUUUCCCUCUGCUUUAACAGCAGUUUUGUCUGGAGAGCUGGCACUGUAGCUUUCCUCGUACACUCAGUGUCCUUUCACCAACAUGGCCCAAGAUAAACGUAGUUGUCCCAGAGUGCUUAUGGCAUCCAUAUAAGUAAGUCCAGCAGCACUUGGCAGGCUGACCGAGUUAUGUAAGAGCUCAGUGGCUGCAGUUACUUCUGACUGUCAUCAUACUGUGUACACAGGCAGAAGGCUCACCAGGCAUUGACUGUCACGUGCACGAGGAGGACAGUGUAACAAACAGUUGUUCCUUGUGCUUUUGCAAUAAUGCUUCCAGAGAUUAUAACUUUACAUUUUCUGGAGCUUUAUUCUUUUUUUUUUUUUUUUUUUUACGCAGGGGGGCUGCCAA